UCACUGUACGACAAAAAGAGUCGCAGUGGGAAGAGAAGGCACCAAUCAAUCCAACCACUACGCUGUGGCGCACAGAAGAGAGGAGAAGCGACGCGCUCCUCAACUCCAACACAAUAAGAAAGAGUCCAAAAGGAGCGACACUUCGAGCGCGCUUAUCUCUCCUAAAGACGCUCAACUUUAGUCUCAGCGAGCUGAAAGAUGUUCAACCAAGAUGCGUUAUACUUAGAUCGGUCCUGCCUACGCGAACCCGCUUCCUCAUAGACUUAACAUCUUUUCUUUUUUUUUUUCUUCUUCUUCUUCUUCUUUCCGUGCUGACCAAAGACUAAACCCGAAUUUGCAGCUGGUGAGAAUAUGUGCGAGAGGCGAUCUGUGGAGGGCAUGGGCUGUCUUUGGUCCCUCGAGGAGAAGAAGCAGCAGCGUGGAUUAAACACGAAUUAAUGUGGGAUUUAUCGGAGCCUCCAAGGUGGAACGACGACCGGACACAGCGCUUCCUCGUCAGGUGACUGACUGAUCAUGGUCGCCGUGGUCCGCUCUUUCAUGGUACUGCUGCUCGCUCAGGUGUCGCUGGAAGGUGCUACGGGACUUAUCCCCGAGGUUGGCCGGAGGAAGUACACUGAAUCCGGGGGGAAGCAGCAGACGACCACCCCGGAGCAGUCUGAGAGCUUCCUCAACGAGUUCGAGCUUCGUCUUCUCAACAUGUUCGGACUGAGACGCAGGCCGACGCCGAGCAAAGAAGCCGUGGUGCCGCAGUACAUGGUGGACCUUUACCGCAUGCACUCAGCCAACGGAGACCACAGCACGAAGAGACCCAAGAGCAUGGGGAGACACGCAGAGAGGGCCGCCAGCAAGGCCAACACGAUUAGAAGCUUUCACCACGAAGAGUCUAUGGAGGCCCUGGCCAGGCUGAAAGGCAAAACGACCCAGCAGUUCUACUUCAACCUCACUUCUAUCCCCGAUGAGGAGCUCAUCACCUCUGCGGAGCUACGUGUCUACAGGGAUCAGGUCAUGGGAGCUACGCCCCCCAACAACAACAACAGCUCCAGAAACAGCAGCAUCAGCGAUGGCGCUCCCGUCGGUGGCUUCCAUCGUAUCAACAUUUACGAGAUAUUCGGAGUUCCUACCGCUCAAGGUAGGGAUCCCCUGGCGCGUCUGCUGGACACUCGGCUAGUGCAGGACUCUUUGAGCCGCUGGGAGAGCUUCGACGUCAGCCCCGCCGUGUCUCAGUGGACCUCUGGGAAAGGUCACAACCAUGGCUUCAUGGUGGAGUUGCUUCACCCAGAUGAAGGGCAGAUGGACAAAGAGCACGCCCAGAGACGUAGUAGGCACAUUAGGGUGAGCCGGUCCCUGCACCAGGACCAGGACUCGUGGCCUCAGGCUCGGCCCCUGCUGGUGACGUACGGCCACGACGGCCGCGGGGACUCAGUGCUCCACACGCGGGAAAAACGUCAGGCGGCGCUCCGCAAACAGCGCAGGAAGCACCAGCACAAGGCCAGCUGCAAGAGGCAUGCCCUGUAUGUGGACUUCAGUGACGUGGGGUGGAACGAGUGGAUAGUGGCGCCCCCUGGCUACCACGCCUUUUAUUGCCAAGGGGAAUGUCCGUUUCCCCUGGCAGACCAUCUCAAUUCUACCAAUCACGCCAUUGUGCAGACGCUGGUCAACUCAGUCAACUCAAACAUCCCCAGAGCCUGCUGCGUGCCCACUGACCUCAGCCCCAUCUCCCUGCUCUACCUGGAUGAGUACGAGAAGGUCAUCCUGAAAAACUACCAGGACAUGGUGGUGGAGGGAUGUGGCUGCCGGUGAGAGACUGACAAGUGGGUCAAAAGAGACUGAAAAGAGACAUCAGAGGUUAUUAUGGACACCCGGUUUCCCAAUGAAGACGUUUAUUUAUAUGAAAAGACAAAACAGAGCUAUUGUGGAAGAAGAAAAAAAAAACUAUAUAUGAAUAUAUUUAUGUCUACGUAAAAGUUGGGAAAAAAUAAAUAUUUUAAUCAGAGGAAUAUUCCUUUACUGGUUUUGAAAAUGUAUUUCUGAUGUACAUUUCGAAAUGGGUGCAAUACCACAUGAAGUAUAAUGCUCAGAUUUUUAUUUUGUAUUUAUUUCUAUUAUAACCACUUUAUUUGUAAAUAAAUAAUGUGUAUUUAUCGUGAAAAAACAA